AUGAACGAGACCAUUCGCUCCCUGAUUCUGGAAUUUCACAAUAAUUUUCGAACAAACAUCGCCGAAGGAGAGGCGCCUGGAUAUGAAGGAAAAAAGCAGUUGCCAGCACAGAACUUAUUCAAGAUGAUAUGGAGUUGCGCCCUCGAAGAAAAAGCAGUGGAGUUGACCAAAAAUUGCGCUCAUUCUGUCGAUGAGUCAAUCAAUCUCGGACAGAAUAUUUUUUAUUUCUACGAUGGAGACUACAUUGCUGAUGAGGGAACAGUAAAAGCCAUUCGGAACGCACUGUAUCAGUGGACCCUACCGGCACAAUUCUACGGCGCACUGGGAUUUCGGAUCAUGUCUGACAAUACCAUUAUCACGUACUCCAAUAUGGUAUAUCACGGCAUUUACGAGGUUGGCUGCAAUUUUGUUGUGUGCAGGAAUCAGCACAACUCAGUAGAAGAAGCCGUGCUUAUGUGUAUCUACAAUACAAAUGUUUCCCCAGGCACAAGGCUGUACCAAAGAGGAGAUGGGACCGGUUGUAAGCAAAAGCCUGAUGUGUGUAACAAAAUUCCAGGGUUCAAAUGCGGAAAGCUACUUUGCGAAUUGUCUAGCAAUAGUAGUGCCGGCAUUCCCUGA